AUGGACUGCUUCGACAACAUGCUCCGCAUCUUCGCGGCAGUAUCAGGUCAGGAGGUUAUGGCCAUACCCGUGGAGGGUCUCGGUAAUGUUCGAGCCUUGAAGGUACAGUUGCAAGGGCUCUGUGGUGUCCCACGAUUCAGGCAGUGUCUGAUACACAAUGGCAAAGUUCUGGAGGACAGCAUGUUGUUUGAGGCGCCGUUUCGUGUGGAGCUUGUGCUGCUACCUUUCAGCCCGGCAUCUUCGAAGCAGGUGGCUCAGCUGGUUGACGCUGCUACACAUGAUCGUGUGUCACAGGUGGAGGAGAUACUGCAACGUCCUCAGGAUCCCAACUUGUUGGCUGAUGCGCACGUGGAGGGUUGGCGGACGAGUGCUCAGGCGCCUCUUCAUGCUGCAGCCAUGUAUGGCCGCGUUGAGGUCGCACGCUUGCUGCUGGAGGCCAGGGCCGACGUAGAUCAGCCUGAUGAGGGAAACCAGACCCCUCUUCUUCUGGCGUGCUCCCGAUCCGGGGAGGUUCCUGUGGUUCGCCUGCUCUUGCAGGCCAGGGCAGACACGUCCUCAGCGCUUCUUGUCGCGACCCGUGAAGGGAGCACAGAAGCCGUCUGCAGCAUCUUGCAAGCCGGUGCAGACGUGAACCAAGUCGACGCGCUUGGCGUUUCCCCACUCUGGGCAGCAUCCGCCAAGAACUACGUGCAGAUUGCUGACUGCCUGCUGGAUGCAAAGGCCAAUAAGGACCAAACCGACCACGAUGGGGCCACGCCGCUGUGGGCGGCGUCCUGCAUGGGCCACGUGGAGGCCGUGCGCUUGCUGCUGGCGGCGGGCGCUAAGCACGACCGGGUGAACCAUCGCGGGGAGUCGCCGCUUUCGGUGGCAACCCGGGAGGGAGAAACCGAGGUUGUGGUCCUGCUUCUGACCGCAGGUGACCAGGAAGAUUGA